CUCGCAGGAAAAUAAGGCGACAUUUGUCGCACGCGGUUCAGAGCAGUCGCGUAGACCGGGGCGAAUUAUUACGAGCGUGCUCGUCGAGCAAAUAACUAAACUCAAUAUUGAAAGAUUGAUUUUAGACGGGGGUCUAAAUAUUUAUACGCUUCGAGAGAGCGACUUUCAGGCGGGCGGCGCGGCCGCGGUGCCUUCCGCGCUUAGUUUAUAUAACGUCGACCGGUUAAGUGCUCGUUCAGGAUCUUUCCGUCCGGUUGUGCACGCUGUAUGCGUUUACAUCCGAGUUUAUUGGAUACGCACCAGCACCUGUCGAGACGCUCGUCAGAGCUCAUAAUGACCAUAAGAUGCUGGCCAAACGCCUGCUGAUACUGCUGCCGAUAUUCCUGUCCUGCGUUUUAGGUUUCCCCAAGAAGGUGCAUGUAGCGGGGCUAUUCGACGAGGAUGAAGGGAUUCAGCGGACGUUCGAGUCAUCGGUGAGGGCGGUGAACAAGGAGCGGCAUGACAACGAGGAACUGUCGAACGUAUAUUUGAUGCCGGAAUCGAAUGAAAUUGAACCGGACGCGUUCGAGGUGUCCGCUCGAGUAUGCGAGAUGGUGAAUCUGGGUGUCGUUGGGGUCUUCGGCCCUCAGGACAAAGUAAUCGCGGAGCACGUGCAAAGCAUGUGCGAUUCGAUGGACGUGCCGCACAUUUCCGUGCGACAAGACUCCUCCGAGCCGUCGCAGCCACGUGGAGUAGGUCUAAAUCUGUAUCCCCACGUGAGCUCGUUAGCGCGAGUUUACGACCAACUCGUCACGGAUUUCAAGUGGAAGUCCUUCGCGAUACUGUACGAGAACACCGACAGUCUCAUCCGCAUGCGUCUUCUGCUGAGACGAUGGGACCCUCACGGCAAUUCCGCGUUUAUUUAUCACUUGGGAGACGGGCCGAAUUAUAGGGAAGUGAUGCAACAGAUCAAGGCGUCGGAAUUAGAGAACAUCAUCAUCGACUGCUCGUACGACAUACUCAGCGAGGUCCUCAGACAGGCCCAGCAAGUUGGCAUCUUGUCGGACCGCUACCGAGUAAUCGUGACUUCUCUGGAUCUGCAAACCCUGGACUUAGAGCCGUAUCAGUAUUCCGGCGUCAACUUCACCGGCAUGCGGAUUAUUGACCCUGAAGAUCCGAUGGUGCAACAAACCGUGGAAAAGCACAAGAACGAAUGGGGCCUGGACAAUCCUUCGCAGCUGCGAGUCGAGCCGGCGCUCAUGUACGACGCGGUGCAGCUUUUCGCGAGAGCCUUCAAGCAACUCAAGGACGCCACUAAGGGUGACAUCAAGAAGCUACCGUGCGACGGCAGCGAGAGAUGGGAACAUGGGCUCAGUUUGAGCAACUUUAUGCGAUCGACUGAAACGAGAGGCCUGACAGGCCUCGUUAAGUUCGACAGAGACGGUUUCCGCAGCAACAUACAACUGGAUAUCGUACGUUUGAGCGAAAACGGCUUAAUCAAGAGUGGAGUGUGGAACAGCUCGUCGGGACAGAACAUCGACUGGUUGCCAGAGAUUACCAAGAAGUCGGAUGUGGAACUGAGCUUGCAAAAUAAAACCUUCAUAGUCUUGAUAUCCCUCACCCCUCCGUACGGCAUGCGUAAAGAAUCGUGGACGAUGCUGAGCGGUAACGAUCGCUACGAAGGCUUCGGAAUCGACAUCAUACAUCGGAUCAGCGAGAUACUGGGAUUCAAUUACACGCUGCAGGUGGAGUCCGAUUACGGAUCGUUGAAUAAAUACACCGGCAGGUGGUCCGGUAUGCUUGGCAAAAUUAUAGCCGAGGAAGCCGAUCUGGCCAUCACGGAUUUGACGAUCACAUCCGAACGAGAGAGUGCCGUCGACUUCACGAUGCCGUUCAUGAAUUUAGGUAUAAGCAUUCUCUACAAAAAGCCAACGAAAGCGCCACCGAGUCUGUUUUCGUUUCUGUCGCCGUUUUCAAACGAGGUCUGGUUAUAUUUAAUUGGGGCCUACAUUGUAGUGUCUAUCCUGUUAUACAUGAUCGGUAGGCUAUGCCCAGCGGAAUGGAACAACCCUUAUCCGUGCAUCGAAGAUGCCGAAGAAUUGGAGAAUCAAUUUACAUUCAAGAAUGCAUUUUGGUUCGCGAUAGGCAGUAUUAUGCAGCAAGGCAGCGAGAUCGCACCUAUUGGCAUUUCUACGAGGAUGAUGGCGGGAUCGUGGUGGUUCUUCUGUUUGAUCAUAGUGUCCUCGUAUACUGCAAAUUUGGCGGCGUUUUUGACCAUAGAGACGGUCGUGUCACCGUUCGACAAUGUCGAAGAGCUCGUAAAAAAGAAGACUGUAAAGUACGGAGCGAAACAAAAGGGAUCGACGUUCAAGUUCUUCGAGAAUUUUGGCAAUCCCAAGGAAAGCAAUUAUUCCACGUACAAGGAAAUGUACGAGUACAUGAUCGCCAAUGCGGAUGACGUGCUGCCGAUGUACAACGAGGACGGCGUGCAGAAGGUUAUAACCGACAAUUACGCGUUUUUAAUGGAAUCCAGCUCCAUCGAGUACAUCAUGGAGCGGGAGUGCAACGUCACGCAGGUUGGCGGGCUGCUGGAUGAGAAAAACUACGGCAUCGCUAUGAAGAAAUACUCGCCCUAUCGGCACUCCAUGAACAAAGCCGUUCUGCAACUGUCGGAAAGCGGCAAAAUAACCGAGCUCAAGAACAAAUGGUGGACGCAAAAGCGGGGCGGAGGGAAAUGUCGGGAGACCGGCGGAACCAGCUCGGCGCAGGAACUAGGUCUCGAUAAUGUUGGUGGUGUAUUCUUGGUACUCGCCGUAGGCGUUGCCCUAUCCUGCGUGUACACCGUACUCGAGUUACUUUGGGAUGUUGCCCGAACGUCCAUUCGGGAAAAUGUGUCUUUCAAGGAAGAACUGGUGAGCGAAGUGAAAUUUAUCUUAAGAUGCAGCGGCUCCAAGACGGUGCGAAGAAGAAACGGACUGUCCAGUAAAAGCGGCAAUGGCAGCACAAGGGGUUGCACCCCUCCGUACGGUUUCGUGCCGACAGUAAUAAGAACGUCGCCAACUGACGACAACUGACGACGAUGCGAGUCUCGAAUAAUAAUAAUAAUAAUAAUAAUAAAAAGAAAGUACCGUUAGCUCACGCGGAUUUAUGGCUUCAUUGCCCGCGUUGGCUCGCGGUCUCGAGUGGAUUUUCCUUCGAACUAA